GGGACAGAGGAGGCAGCCUGAAAAGGAAGCACGACUCGCUUAUCGCGUCAUUCUGGGUUUAGGCGUUGAGCAGGAAACAGCCUUUCCUCUCGGAUUGUCGCAGUAGGAACAAACACACAAUUUUGUCUUUACUCAAUGCACCCCUCGGCACAGAACACGCGGAAGCCGGUCAGAAGGAAAAAUGCCUCCUUCUAUAGCGAUAGCUGUUCUGCUCCUCGGCGUCCUGGCUUUGGAGACGCGCCGGAGUGCCAGCGCGCUGCACAUCCAACAGGCAUUCGCGUCUCCAAAUCAGACCAAUAACUUCGUGGUGGACCCGGUGUCCAGAAAGGUCUACCUGGCCACCGUCAACACAGUCUACCAGCUGAACGGGACCUUGACCGUUGAGGUAGAGAAGAGGACCGGGCCGGUGGAAGACAACCUGUUGUGCCAUGCGCCACAGCUGCCCCAGGCUCCGUGCGAGCAUCCCAAAUCGCUCACUGACAACUACAACAAGCUCCUGAAGCUGGACCGAGAGCAAGGGGUGGUGGUCGUGUGUGGAUCCGUGUAUCAAGGCUUCUGUGAGCUCCGAAAAAUGGAGAAUAUUUCAGAGAUAGCGGUGGAGUUCCCACCUCAGGGUGAGAAGACUGUUUUCCCCAGCAUGCUCAAUAUCGCUGCCAAUCACCCGAACGCCUCAACUGUCGGGCUUAUCUUCAAGAGCCACGGGGGAAACACCCGGCUUCUUGUCGGGGCGACUUACACAGGGGCGGGCACCCAGUUUUUCCCCAAGAAUCACAGCAAGGAGGACCUGCGCUUUGAAAACACCCCAGAGAUCGCCAUCCGCUCCUUGAACAUCAAGGAUUUAUCCCGACUUUUCACCUAUGACAUUAACCCUUCAGAGGAUAAUGUAUUCAAGAUCAAACAAGAGGUUAAAACCAAAAACAAGCUCAACUUCGUCCACGCUUUCAUUCAGAAGACUUACUCCUACAUCGCCUUUAAUAAUGAUGCGAAAAUGGGCCACAAGGAGAGCCAGCCCAACAGCAUCCUCUCCAGGAUAUGUCUGGAUACCGAGAACCCCCGAAAACCCUCCGGACCGGAGAGCAGAAAGCUCACAGAAUCCUACAUCCAGAUGCCUCUACAGUGCGGAUUUAACGGGAACAUUUACAACCGGCUGCUGUCCGUUUACCCCGCGGAGAUCCACACAGAAGACGGGAGGACCUCAGAGCCGUACCUGUUUGGAGUGUUUUCCAAGGGGGACAGAAAGUCUGCUCUGUGCGCUUUCAAGUUUGGAGACAUCGAGGAGGAGAUCCGACAAGGCCGCAGGAACUGCUCCAACUCUCCCAGCAGCGAUGUUCAGGUGCUGGAUAGCGUUAUCCAGGGCUCCGGGGCAGCCUGCAUCCAGAAGGGAAACCUGGUGUUGCAGCCUGAGCAGCUGGACUGCGGCGCGGCCCACCUACAGCACCCUCUUGCCCUACGGAGGCCCCUGAGGGCCAUUCCACUGGUUGAAUACUCGGGUCUCAGCUCAGUCUCUGUGGACUAUGUACACAACCACACUGUGGUUUUUCUGGGAACCAGUAAUGGACGACUUCGUAAGCUGACCCUCUUGGCGAACAUGACCUUGGCCAAUCAGUGGACACUGAAGCUGCCAGCCAGCGAAGCGGUCCACCACAUCAUGACCUUCGACCCCAGCGACAGCAACUUCCUUUAUCUCAUGACCUCUCACCAUAUGCUCAGGGUGAAAGUGGCAGAAUGUGACCAGUGGAGGAGCUGCAGUGAGUGUUUGGGAGCAGGCGAUGCCCACUGUGGCUGGUGUACUCUGGAGAAUCGAUGUACCAUCCAGAAGGAGUGUUCUCAGGGGCAUUUGGCACGCUCCUGGAUCAGCAUGGGUGAAGGCCCGCAGCAGUGUCCGUCCAUGACCCUGACACCCCCAGAGAUCAGCAUUUCUGCAGACAUCAAGGAUGUCGGCAUUCUGAUAAAUGGCAGUGUUCCUGAUCUGGUCGGCUCUCGGGUGGAAUGCGAAUAUGGGCCGGGUGUUUCUACAGCUGCCACAGUGCACCUGGACUACGGUACCGCUCAGAUCCAGACCUGUCCCUUGCUCCCUCGAGAAAACUACCAACCAAUCCUCCCUGGAACAGAUCAUCUGACUGUUUCUGUGGCGAUAAAAGUGAAUGGCACAUCUGUGGUAUCUGGGAGCUUCAUCAUCUAUGACUGCGAGAGGACUGGAGCAAUACACCCCAAGACAUCAUGUGUGAGCUGCCUGAGCACCAGGUGGAAGUGUUACUGGGACCAAGAGAACCACUUAUGUGUCUCCAAUAAAGAUGAGUCAAAGCACAACCUGCUAGAGAAUGCAGCUUCCUGUCCCAGCCUGGUUGCCUCAGAGGUUCCUCCAUCACCAUCAGGAAUGGCCCAGGACUUCACCCUAUCCCUCAGCAACAUCAAGGAGGGGGAGGAGCUUGAGUGUGACUUUGGGACAGAGCAGCGAUAUGAGGUUUCGUGGCUGAACAGCUCGACUGUCAAGUGCAGUGGAGUAACACUGUCCACUAAUCAGAGGAGUCACAAUUACCACCUCAACCUGAUUAGGAGAGGAUACUUUGGACGUAGGGGGGAUCUUUUUGUCGACAGCCCUCAGCCCAUGAGAGUGGAGGUGUACAACUGUAAAGUGGGUAGUUCAGACUGUUCCCAGUGCUGGGGCCGAGAGGAUCAGGGCCAUCUCUGUGGCUGGUGUGAAAACAGCUGCAGGCCGAGGGAUGACUGCCAGCCAAUCACUGAUCAAUGUCCAGCUCCCGAGAUCCACAAGAUCUUCCCCCUGAGGGGUCCAGUGGAAGGAGGCACCCUGCUGACAGUACAGGGCAGGAACCUGGGCCGGAGGGCUGGAGCAGUAAAGGUCUCUAUUGGAGAUGUGCAAUGUAGUCUCCUGCCUGAGCUCUACACUGUCUCCGUAGAGCUGGUGUGUGUCACUGGGCAGUCUGCACAUGACAGGACAGAUAUUGUCCAAGUGGACGUGGAUCAGAGUGGGAUCGGGACGUCAAAGGAGAGCUUCUCAUACUUAAUCCCAAAACUGCUGUCCAUGGAGCCAAAGAAAGGCUCUCGUGCUGGAGGAACUAGAGUAUCCAUCAGGGGGGAGAAUCUGGACAUUGGCUCUCAGGUCAGAGUCAUGGUCAACAACACGCUGCAGUGUACCAUCACAGACAAAACAGAUGAAACCAUUGAGUGCACCAUGCCUCCAGCCUUACAAGCACACACUGACUCAGUGGCAGUGUGCGUGGAGUUUGAAAACCUUCCCUGUCAAAGUGCCGAGCUCAGCACCACGUACACCUACGAGAAGAACCCAAUAAUCAACUCCAUCUACCCCAAAAGGAGCUACCUCAGUGGUGGCAGGACCAUCACAGUGAAAGGCCAGGGUUUUGAUCUGGUGCAGAGUGUCAUCAUGCAGGUGCUGGAAAUAGGAAAAACGAGCUGCACAGUGGUCUCCAACUCCAUGAUUACCUGCCCGUCUCACGCGUCCAGCCAGUCCCAGCAGACCUCGGUGCAGUUCUUCCUGAAUGGCGUCCUCUACACGGGUGAUAGCCCCUCCUCCUAUGACAGCGGGGAAGCAGAGGAUGAGGACGAGGAAACUCAUAAAGUUCACUUCCAGUUGGAGUAUGUGGAGGACCCUCAGUUCUUCACUGCCAACAAGGAGAAGCUGAUCAAACACCACCCAGGAGAGCCACUGACGCUCAUCAUCAACAAAGGGCCAAGUGAUCUGGAGCUGGUGCCGGAGGAAUACUCGGUGAUGGUUGGCUCCUAUCCCUGUAACAUCAGCUUCCAUAACGACCAGCUGUUCCACUGCACCAUCAACGGACUGCUGGGCUCCAGUGAGAGAGAGCUGCCUGUCACUGUGCAAGUGGGGAACUUUCGCCACACCAUCGCCAAAGUGCAGCUUGGCGGCAGUGAGCUGGCCAUCGUGGUAUCCAUUGUGGUGUGCUGUGUGCUGCUGCUGCUGUGCACUGUGGCUCUUGUAGUGUACUGCACAAAGAGCCGAAGGGCGGAACGCUACUGGCAGAAAACUCUACUCCAAAUGGAGGAAAUGGAGUCCCAGAUCAGAGAGGAGAUCCGUAAAGGCUUUGCAGAGUUGCAGACGGACAUGACAGACCUGACCAAGGAGCUGAAUCGCAGCCAGGGCAUCCCCUUUUUGGAGUACAAACAGUUUGUUACACGCACGUUCUUCCCCAAGAUGUGUUCCGAUUAUGAGAAGAGCCUGGUCCAGCCCGCCUACGAGAAUCAUGGUCUGGGCCCUCGAGCGCUGCCAGAGACCCACCCACUGCUGCAGGACUGGCAGGCCACCAACACAACAAGGCCUAACGUAGAGGAGGGCAUCACUCUGUUCUCCACUCUUCUCAAUAACAAGCACUUCCUGAUCACGUUUGUCCACGCCUUGGAACAGCAGAAGGACUUUGCUGUGCGAGACAGAUGCAGCCUGGCAUCUCUGCUCACUAUUGCCCUUCAUGGUAAGCUGGAGUACUACACCAGUAUCAUGAAAGAUCUGCUGGUGGACCUGAUAGACGCUUCGGCUUCCAAGAACCCCAAACUGAUGCUGCGCCGCACUGAGUCUGUCGUGGAGAAAAUGCUGACCAACUGGAUGUCCAUCUGCAUGUACAGCUACCUCAAGGAAACAGUGGGUGAGCCUUUCUUCCUGCUGCUGUGUGCAAUCAAGCAGCAGAUCAACAAGGGUUCCAUUGACGCCAUCACAGGGAAGGCCCGCUACACCCUCAACGAGGAGUGGUUGCUCCGCGAGAAUGUUGAGGCCAAGCCACAGAACAUCAAUGUGUCCUUCCAGGGCUGUGGCAUGGACUCACUGUCUGUCAGGGUCAUGCAUACAGACACAAUCUGCCAGGUGAAGGAAAAAAUCCUAGAGGCCUUUUAUAAAAACCUGCCAUUCUCUCAGUGGCCUCGAGCAGAGGAUGUAGACCUGGAGUGGUUUGAUUCCGGCAGCAACAGUAAGCUUCUGCAGGACCUGGAUAACUCCUCAUUGAUGGAGGAUGGCAGGAAGAAACUCAACACAGUCUUCCAUUACCAGAUCCCAGAGGGGGCAUCACUGGCUAUGAGCUUGAAAGACAAGAAAGAGAACACACUGGGGAGAGUUAAAGAUCUGGAUACAGAGAAGUAUGUACACUUGGUCCCACCUCAUGAUGAGCAAAUGGAGAACAAGAAGUCACACAGGCAGAGCCACCGCAAGAAGGUCCUUCCUGAAAUCUAUCUGACGCGCCUGCUGUCCACCAAGGGAACUCUUCAGAAGUUCUUGGAUGACCUCUUUCAAGCCAUCCUCAGCAUCCCUCCGGACCGGCCCCCUCUGGCUGUCAAAUACUUCUUUGACUUCUUGGAGGAGCAGGCUGACAAACGGGGCAUCACAGACCCAGACACACUGCACAUCUGGAAAACCAACAGUUUACCUCUGCGUUUCUGGGUGAACAUCCUGAAGAAUCCUCAGUUUGUGUUUGACAUUGAUAAGACAGAUCACAUGGACGCCUGUCUGUCUGUCAUUGCCCAGGCCUUCAUAGAUGCCUGCUCCAUUUCUGACCUGCAGCUUGGCAAGGACUCCCCUACCAACAAGCUGCUGUAUGCCAAGGAAAUCCCUGAGUAUAAGAAGAGAGUGCAGUGCUACUACCAGCAGAUACAGGAAAUGCCACCUCUCAGCGAGCAGGAGAUGAAUGCUCACCUGGCUGAGGAGUCACGAAAAUACAGAAAUGAAUUCAACACCAACCUGGCCUUGACAGAAAUCUACAAAUACGCCAAGAGAUACAGAAACCAGGUGGUGAGCGCUCUGGAGUCUAACCCCACCGCACGUCGCACUCAGCUGCACCACAAGUUCGAGCAGGUCAUUGCCCUUGUGGAGGACAACAUCUACGAGUGCUGCAGUGAAGCCUGAACCUGCCAGUGUCUUUUCUACUAGCCAUCUCUUUCUCCUGCUGACAGCUGCCUUUCUCCUACCUACAUAAUUACUUGGGAAUGUCGGCCACUUAAGAGUUAGCCUUCAUAAGUGUCAUUCUUCCCACAGACUGUAAGAAGCGUGAAAAGUGGCAGAGCAAUGGACUUUAACCUGCCUCUCAAGCGUCAUGCAUUUUGCGAGGUGUUCCUCCUCUGAUCUGGGAAUGCCAAGCAAUUUUCCCAAAUCUUUCCCUAUGACAUGGACAGAAUUACAGUCUGGCUCAGCUAUGCUUUAGAGGGAAGGUUUAGGAGCUUGGGGAUGAGGCUUUUUCUGGAUGUCUUUACAAUUACUGGGACCUACAGUAAGCCCUGGUGGCAAAUUUAACGCACUGAACCCUUUUCUUAAGGGAACGAGCCAAUGAUGCACUGUACUGUAUUAUAAUGUCCAUAGCAAUAUUUAUAGAUGUGUUAUAAUGCUCUCAAGUGGCCUGUUCGUCAGGAUGAGUAGGAAGGACUGCGAUGAACUCCUCCCAUCUCCUAAAGCCUGCAACGUUCUCAGGUGUGACUGGUGAAGAUGGGUGACUGGCGCUCAUCGGUGCUUUGAACAAUACGUCCCAAUGUGCUUUGCGGGUUGAUGAUGGGUUGAGGAGGAGUGGAGAGGAGAAUAUAAAUGACUGAAAUUUAUGAAAUCAGAUGUAAUGUAGUUCACUGGGAAGAGCUGCAUCCGUAUAGAAGUGUUGAUCAGUGUGCUUGUAAACGAAUGAAUUUCUUGUUGGAUUCUGACCAAUUUAAAAGAGGGAAAUUUACCAUUAUGAGGAAAAAAUGUGAGCUCAAUAUAAUCUGAGGAGAGACUGUAUUUGUGAUGCCAAAUGACUUGUCAGAGUUUGUGAAAUAAAUUGCAGUAUUUAGGACUUAAAAAUGUCAAA